GACUUGGUCUUUCGUACUUGCGUCUUUCGUCUUUCUUGAAGUUGCUGACUUUUUAGGCCAUGAAACAACCUUUUGUGACCGAUAAAACCCGCACUCACUGAUCUGCCUCAUGUGAUACGUCUGACCUAGCCUGCUCCAAAGAGCCCCAUGCGCUCGCAUCGAUAUUUGCUACAGCCCAGGCAGUUUUUGAUCUUCGCUCUGUCCAAAUUCUAACCACGCCUGAAAUUUGAGACCUCAUAGUCACCGCCGGAACCAUCCGGAUCUCUUCGUUCGUUUCGAGAGGCGACUCUAGAACUCUUCCUAUCGUUCUCGAGGAAUCUCAGGCUUGCAAAGAUGCAAUAUUGGGCAGUUAUCGUGCUGGUUAUGGCGGGCGGGGGUGCUCUCGUCCUGAUCGCAUAUGCCGUGCUGCGAAACUUCACCGAUCCUGACAACCAAGAAACCUUCAGCUUCAGUGAAGAGCAGCUAAGAUACAUGAGGGAAUUGCGUCAGCGGAACCUAGAUAAUCUUGUCGCUGAGAUGACUGCGAAAGGAUAUGGCCGAACGAGGCCUCUACCCAUGGAGAUAUAUCGCCAGGGUAGUCGUGGCGGAGAUACGAGUGGCUCCUCCGAGCAGUGGGGAUAAGAGGAUGAAUCCAUCAACACACACACACAUACCAAAGAAAAAAAAGGGCGAUGACGUCCGGAUUGAACUUCGGAUUCUGUCUUCGAUUCUGUCUUCAAUUGCCGAUAGAAGCGGCCAGGCAUAUUUGUCACCAGGCGCAUGGGGAUGAACAUAGAAGGUCCACGGCAGGGUCGCCGCAUUUGAAGUAGAAUGCUCUACUGUAAGGGUAUAAUGGAACCGGAGAAGGGUAUCAUUGUCAGAUCACUAAUGUACAUAUUCUGUAACGAAUAUCAUGCCCUGUAUUGGUGCGUCAGCGAGGAUUCCAACCGUUGCUUGGGUCACUUACAUAAGAAUCAC